AUUAAAAUUUCCCUGGAGAUAUUAACUCCCUCAUCUCUCCCGAGUUAAUUUAAUGUAUAUUUUUGGUAGUUAAGGUAACCAUCAAUGAGGAUAAUCAAUAAAUGUACAGGCAGAUUAUUGGUCAGUUGAGUUGAACGGAAUCACGGGUUCGAUGGUUCAACAGGAAAGGCAGUGGUCAAGUAGCAGAGUCAAUGAAUUUAUUUCUUUUCCUCCUUUUAAAUGAUUCGCUUGAAUUACUUUAAGAGCCAAUGGUCAGUUGUUAUGUGUCGAAAGAGUUUACAUUGAGGUCAUUAGGUUGAUUCCUGCAAGAAAUUACGUUAGAUCAUUUUGAUUAUUUGCUUGAUCAGUUAUUACUUUAUUUUCACCAGUUCUCCUUCAAUUUUUUCAUAUUUCAUGUUUUCACCCAAAGUUCAUCAACGUUUCAUGAAAUGUUACCAAUACAUUCACAUGUAAUUGUAUUGGUGUAGCUCCAGUUCAACCAAAGUGAUUUUUUGCCUAAUUCCAAGUUAAUUGAUGAUCAACAAUAAGAAAAUAGAAUCAAUCAAUUUCUACCACAGUCACUUGAUUAAUCUACAAGAAUGAAUACUUUUCAAUCUGUUCUUAAUCAUCGUUACCUAAAAUGUGCACGUCCAUGGAUCGGGUGUUUAUUUGUAGCGAUUUACACAAUUUUGACGAGUAUUUUCGACCUUUCCUGGAGCAUUUAUCGUCUUCUUGAUGAGACUCAUCCAUUUGUAUUCUUCCUAUUUUUCAUGUUGGCAAUGGAAAGUAUCGUUUUCUUGGUUAUUUCUGGUUUUUUGGUUUUAGCUUUGAUCAAAAAUAUUCGAUGGCUUCUCUUACCUUGGAUGAUCGUUGCCAUAGUCGAUAUCACUUUGGCUUUCGCUUUGCUUUUUGUCCAAAUUUCAUUACCUAAUCGAGACUAUGGAGCCCCUUGUGUUAUGGCCGUUUUUGAAUUGGCAGUUACUAUUUUAGUCCAAGGAGUUUUGGUUUAUGGUUUACUUUUAGUAUUCAAAUACUAUGUAGAAUUGGACGAGAAAAGAAUUGACACAAUUACUAAAGUGACACCUCAUCAAGAUAUUGUAUCAAUUGACCGAAGAGACGAUUCCAUUGAAAUCUUGAGUCUUCAAAAGGAAGACGAUCGAUGAAGCAAAUCAAUCAACUAAUUAAAUCGAUUGGAGAUAAACAAUCAAACCAAUUUAACUCUCGUUUAGUUUAAA